AUGAGCAAAAUAAACACUUCAAGUGAAACUGCCAGUAAAUGGGAUAAAAACUCAAUCAGAUAUGGAAAGCUUCUGCUUCCAGUGAACACGUUUUUCGGAGUGUUUUUCUCACAAGGAGCGCUGCACGGCAUAACCUACCUGGGAAAAUCCUUACUUCACCUAGGGGAAAAAUUCAUGUGGAUAUGCCUAAUCAUCGUUUCAUUGUACUUCUGCAUCACGUUGAGUCUUGAGUCGUUGGAACGAUUCCAAACCAAAAGUACGGUUGUUACGAUAGAGAAAGAUCACUACUAUUGGAAUAUUUCGAUGCCCAGUCUAACAAUCUGUCCGAUGAAUAGAAUCAGUAGAGCUGCGUUCCGUGAUUUUUGUCUUAGGAACAACCUGCUGGACCCGUUAGAACAAGAUGAGUUGUUCGAUUUCGUUGAGUCACUAGCAAACUCUACCUACCUAAAUUUCCAGAAUAUUAAAGGCUCGCAGAACAUUGAUCGUAUCCUGUCAAUGUUACGUAUCUACCCGAAGGAUUACAUGACAUGGAUAACCAAUCUAACGGAAGAUCUAACUCAGCGAGAUCAUCAGGAAUUGCGAGUGCGCAAUCAAAAUAAUCUGGAGUUCAUUCGAACACUGCAAACGUUAACCGAGUACGGUAUUUGCUACACAACCAACAGUUUCAUUGCACCAAAUCUAACUACAAGUGACACUUCCGUUACCCAGCGAGGAUGCCGGUUCCAUUUCGAGUCCAACCUGACCCACUACAGUAUCUACACGAAGGAAAUCUGCCGGCAGGAAUGUCGCUUACAGCUAGCAUACCAUAGCUGCGGAUGUAUACCACAUUUCUAUCCCAACAACAUUAAACAGGCGAAACCGGUGUGUAACUACAAGACACUCAUCAAUUGUUUCCCCCCACGGAAGGAGCUUUUCCUGGAAUUCCACUCCGGUCAAGAGACGGUACAAUGUUUCUGUGAACCAAACUGUGUCGAUUCAAAAGUUAUCAUCGAAAAAGUUCAGAUCCUUAUCGGUACUCGGAAACUACUGGGAAGUAAUGGAGGGCUUGUCAUCAUGAAGCGAUAUCCGCUCAUACGUUUCAGCCGGCAGGUUUUGUUUUCCUUCACCGAUUUGUUAGUAUCCAUCGGUGGAACGGCUGGCUUUUUCCUGGGUUUCAAUGUGCUGGGAAUAGUGGAAAUUAUCUACUUUUUCACGCUCCGACUGCUCUGGUACAUUCUAGGCCGUCGUUAGUGGUUCCAAGGCCCAAGGCAGCAUAUGGCCAGCUAUCUGAUGUCCUUUUGCAUCGCCCACGCCGUCAACGAUUGUUUGCGCCAGCAAAUUCCGUUCCGAAGAAGACAACGGCUACGUUAUAAUAAUCCAAUCUUUUACGCAUCAGUUGGGAAUGUGGUACACUUAGACUUUGAAUGCUAGGGGGAGAUUUCGCCAGGAAAGUAGUUUCCAGUGCUAGGUAAAAACGGUUCGAUCAACAAAAUUUUG